AUGGAUAUAGCGAGUCUACUUGAGCAGGCCACGGUGGCAACGAAGGAGGGUAGCUUAAAGCCGAGGAACGCAUUUCCAGAACGACCCUGGAUGAGGAACAGUGGAGCCGCGGCAGCCGCGCCCUCCGGCAACAUUGGCCUCAAGGGCAUCAUUGCUGAAACCAAGAAAUCUAUGGCAUGGGUUCCAAGUUUACCAAACAGUUCACAUUUGGAUGCAGUUCCUCAAGCGACCCCAAUCAAUAGAAAUAGGGUGCACAAUAAAAAAGUCAGAACUUUUCCAUUAUGUUACGAUGACACUGACCCAUCAUCGAAUUUGGAAAACGCUGCGCAACAAGAAGUCUUGGUUCCAAUUCGCUUGGACAUGGAAAUAGAAGGUCAAAAAUUACGAGAUACGUUUACGUGGAAUAAAAAUGAAAGUAUUAUUUCUCCAGAACAGUUUGCCGAAGUUUUAUGCGAUGAUUUGGAUCUGAAUCCAUUGACUUUUGUGCCUGCCAUAGCUCAGGCAAUUAAACAACAAAUAGAAGCAUUUCCUCAAGAAGCAGUUUUGGACGAACAAAGUGAUCAAAGAGUGAUUAUAAAAUUAAAUAUUCAUGUGGGCAAUACAUCAUUGGUGGACCAAGUUGAAUGGGAUAUGUCGGAAAAGGAAAAUAAUCCUGAAAAAUUUGCAAUGAAGCUGUGUGCUGAACUCGGACUUGGCGGGGAAUUUGUCACUGCUAUUGCCUACAGUGUGAGAGGUCAAUUAUCAUGGCACCAGCGCACAUAUGCAUUCUCAGAAGCACCACUACCAACAGUAGAAGUACCUUUCAGACCACCUUCGGAGGCUGACAUAUGGGCUCCUUUUCUGGAAACCCUGACAGACGCCGAGAUGGAGAAAAAAAUACGGGACCAAGAUAGAAACACAAGACGUAUGCGUAGAUUAGCAAAUACUACACCAGGCUGGUAAAACUUGAAUGUGGUCUGAAAAAGCACUCUUACACAGGGAUUCAAACACUUGAAAACUUGA